AUGAGUGUACAAGAAGAUAAAACAUCGAUUACGAUCAGCAACGCAAGGCUGGUCAGCUCUCGCGGCGGAAGCUGUGUACAGGACGGUAAAGUCAACAGGUGUUGUGUCGAACGAGGAGAGACAGCCACGUUCCAGGGAGUCCUCAAUGUCGACGGUGGAGAAUACUCCCAUCUGGGGAUAGAAUCGCUCGUAGUUACGCUGGAAUGGACGAAAGAAAAGCUCGGAAAAGUGGUCACCAAAGCCCAGACUUGUCAGAAGGUGGGAGGAGACGUGGUCAUCAAGGGGGAGUGCGCAGUCACUGUUAUGGCGGAAGGAAGCUACAAGAUAGUUCCGUUUCCGGUCAAGAUUCCAAAGCUUCAUCAUCCUAUAAAAACUAACUUCAGGGCAUUGGCGUCAGCGAAGUGGUCCGACGGGUCCACCACUAAGGAAAUGGAAAUUGGUAGAUGUGAAGUCGACAUAAACUAAAAAUAUUAAAUAUGGAAGUGUAUAAUAUGCGAAGAUACUUAUACAUAAAAUUGCAUAUUUAAACAAAUGCAUAAAGAAU